CUAAUAUACAAAGUGAAGUAACAAUCGCCAUAAACGAACAUCUUGUGGCCUAGGACUCUUUUACAAUAAUGUUAGAUGGCCCGUGUUAUUUUAGUGUUAAGGUUCGAGAAUGUAGAAGAUGCAGGUAAGCAGUUGUUAAGUUACGUAGAAACUGCUGAGUUAAUCGUCUUAAAGAAAAUUGAAGGAAAUGUAUAUAUUUGUCACGCUUUUUUUGGGUGGAAGAGAAUUUCAUUUAAGUCCGCGACAUGGAUGAAUGUUUACCUUCCUGACAAAGAGUGCAUUGAUAAGCUUCGGAACUAUUUUUCCGUCCGCAGUCACGUAUCGUCACAAAGAAGGGACAAAACACUCGGAAACUGUCUGCCCUUUUAUUCAAUCCCGUAGUAUUGAUCGUAUGCGAAAUUCUAAGCUGUCUGUCCUUUUUUUUUUAGCGUGUGAAAAAAAAAUCGCUAGAAACUUACGGUUAUUUCGAUCAGCGGUGAAACGGUAGGAAAUUUCUUCAUUACAUGCUUUAAAUACACGAAGCAUCCGAGCGUGGUUUGCUAAUUAGAGUUGGGUCUCUUUUUAUGGUUCAUUUGUUGGUUCCAUUAGACAGAUUUUUUUGUAUAAACCACAUCAUUCAUAACCGGUUUUUGGUUGUUGUGGCUAGGGACUUUUGUAAAAGGGCAACAUGAAUGUUACAGUCUCAAAUCAUAGGACCAAUCUAUACAAAAUUCCUUUUGCAUUAGUCGUCUUUUCUGGCAUAUGCAAAUACGUAGGUAAACUUCUUAGUCAAGCAAUACUUUGGGUCAAGUUCAUCUAACUUGUAUUGGUCAUAGUCACUAUUUUCUUUCUAGUGUCCUCUUAAAAUUCCCAAAACCCACGCUCAGACGCAAGAUCGUUGUAACAUUCAUAACAAAUAUUCCCCAAAACACAUUAUUCUUCAACCCAUUUACAACCAGAAAGAUACAAAACGAUUUGUGCCAUCUCAAAAAUUAAAAAAGUGCAUACUUCAGCAAGUUCUUUUCAGGUGAGAAUGUAGAUUUUGUACAAACUGAACUUACUUUUGAGUUGGCUCAUGAGAGGUCCAAGUUUACCCCUUGAUAUCUAACAUUUAUGUUCUCCCAAAAAUAUUCAUACAUGAUCAAAAGGCAAGGUUAAGAGAAUAAACGAAACGCAGUCACCAAAGGGAAAUGCUUUGAUAUUUUGUCAAAUUCUCCAAACUAAUUCUUAAAGUAAAAGUUUGGAUUUCAGUAUGGAGAAUUUGUAUUUUUUAAAUAUUGAGGCUGAAAGGGUUUACCGCAGGUGAGUGCUGUUCCUUUUGUUACAUAAUCAGUUGGGAGAUAUCAGAGAAUGGUGAGCGAUACACCGAAAAUUUUGGGGUCUAGGAAACUUGAUCUGAUGUCAAAAUCUUGUUUUUGUCUGGCUUUUAUUUUUGGCGUGGAUGAACUUUUAAGUUUUAAUGGUACAAGUGCCAGCUUUUGCCUUGUGCCGCCCGUGAUAUUAGGUAUCAGAUGUUACUCUUAGUUAUUAGAAAUAUGCCUUGUCUGAAUCACUCAAUAUUUCUAAGAUGUUUAGGUUGUGCAAGGUACAAAUAAUGAUGGCUUAUUUGUUUGGUGUUUGAUUUUCGAAUACUCAUUCUUGAUCACCUUUGCCAUAUCCUUGAAUGAGAAUGGGUCCGUUUGUUUUCGUGUGCUCUGUUUCACAAGAUGUUGAGAGAGAUGCUAGUACAUGCAUGGCCAGCUACGCUAAAAUUGCUCGAAUUGAUCAUUCUUUUGAACCAGCUAUGACAGAUCAGCAUCAAGUGUUCUAGCGCAUAGCCUUGGUUUACAUGUCUCUUAACUAUUGGGGAACAUUGAUAUAACGAAGGGCUAAGGGUCUGGCAAAAUAUGUUCUCUACUUUGUAGCUUUAUUAUAUAAAGGUUCUUUUCCAUAUAUUUUACUCUUACUGGGGAGAGGAAUUAUUAUCCUUUGUUAUACCAAGGAGUUAGGGAAGAGAGGGUUCCACCUUACAUAUUUUGUUCACGAGUAUUUUGUCAUAUAAUAUUACUUGUAGCUGUGUUAUAAGUAACCUCUAAUAGCUGAGUUUGCCACCUUGAAUUUAUUGUAAGUUAAUGGGAAACUUGUUUGUGGUUGAAAUAAAUGUCACUCUUACAACUUCCUCUUUGAGACGAAUGUCUUGUCAAUCUCUGAAAUAUGAGUUUAAAAGAUAACUUGAUAUUGGCCACUUUUAUACUAUCAAGAUGCGUGAUCCGUCUGGACGAACUUGGGCAAACAUUUUGUAGUGGAUCUUGUUAUGUAUUUUUAGUAUAUAUAAAGAAGGGCACAAGAACCAUAAUGCAUCCAGACGAACUACCUUUCAUAGUGCAUCAUUCAAGACAUAUUUAGAAGGAAAGUUGGUCCAGGUGCUUAGUGCACCUUGUGCCUGUCUUUAUACUUGAGACACAUAACCAGACAAACUGCAAAUGUUUGCCCAAGUUCGUCCAGACAGAUAAUGCAUUUUUAGUAUAAAAACGGCCAUUGGCUUAGUCCUUUUUUUGUCUUAUUAUGGAUCUCGACCUUGUCUUGGUCUCUUAAAACACAAUAUCUUAUCAUUUUAUCUCUGCCAAUGAACCCCAAUAAAUAGAGUUAUUGUAUGGCCUAAAUUGUCAGCAGGACCUAUAAAGCAGGCAAUCUUAAAAGUCCAUCGUUCCCCCUCGUGCAGGUAGCCACUCAAAAUACUGAAUUUCCUUCACCUUUGCUGCCCUCAGAGAGGAGGGCCAUAUUGUAAGAAUAGGGUUAUUUAGCAGCCAUUAUAAAGUAAUCAGAAAGCUUUAUUUAGAGAAAUUUAUUUGUUGCAGUUUUCACCAUGGAGACAAGCAGACUUGGCGGCAUACCUCAUGGUGAAAUGAGCAAGGAAGCACAGACGGCAAUGUGGCAUCAACAAUACCACCAUCAUGAUUCCGGUAUCAUGUCCGGUGCGACUACCACCACACACUCAAUCAAAGGUGAUGAUGAUGACGACUACAUGAAGACCACACAUAUGACGUUUGAGUGGGAGCAAGGUUUUUCAGAUCAGGAUAUGCAUGCCAUGAAUGAGCAGUUUGUCUCUACAAGGAGGUACGUGCAACUUGCAUCUCAUGAUUACAUUGAUUGAAAAGUAUUUUAGAGGGGUCUGACAUUUUUUGGCUGAUCGAAAAUAUUGUUUCUGCAAAACGUUUCUUGGCGGUAAGAUGUUAUCGAAAUGAUUGCCUACAGGAUUGUUCUAAGUUUUAGAAAUAUUGCUCAUUGUGCAUUUAUUUACAUCCUUUGGUUUUUUUUUUCUAAACAGCCAGCGUAUCCGUCAAGCUAUGUUUCCCGAAACUCUUGAAGAAGGAGCACAUAUUCCAUCCACGCAGUUUGACUCUGCUUCUUCGACUGCUGUACAGCGGCUUGCAGAGCCAUCGCUAAUGUUAAAGCAAGCUGUUGUAAACCUCAUCAAUUAUCAGGUACAUUGUAUUAUUAACAUCAUGACUGAGGGGUUAUGUCAUAGUCACAUAACCUCACCUUUGUGGUCAAAGCUGAGCUCAGAGUAAAACUCUUCUCUGUCAUCUUUUGUCAUUCUUGGAACCCUAAAAGAAAGAAAAACAAAGCACAUUUGGUUUUGUUCAUAUUUUGACACUAUAAGAGUUAAACCAAGCUGCAUCAUUUUCCAUACUAGCCAUUGAGAACUGGAAACAUAUGUCAAUAUAGUCUGGUUACACAGUAGAACCCCGGUAAGUGGAACUCCUUAGGGGAACAAAAAACAGUUUGAGUUAGCGGAAAAUUCAAGUUAUCGGGGUAAAUUUCGGUGAAAAUUUGAUAAAGGGAAAGGAAAUUUAGUUCGAGCUAGUGAGGAAAUCAAGUACGGAGUUCGGUUAUUGAGUUUCUAGUUUACUAGUAGAAUAAACAUGAAUAAACUGAAUCACUAGUUUAGGUUUUCUUCUGAUGUGUUUUCAGGUUUCCAAAGCAAUACUGAAAAUUUUGACGUGGCUUCUUCAACAUUGACCACUCCAGAAAUACUAUAACAUACCAUAAUGCUCUUUGUUUGUCACCUCAAAAUUUGCAUAAGCAUUGUCUUCAGUUUCUCUUGGGAGUUAAAAUGGCCUCAAGAGGAACUGAAAACAAUGCUUAUGCAAAAUUUUGGGGUGACAAACAAAGAGCAUUAUGGUAUGUUAUGGUAUUUUCUGGAGUGGUCAAUCGUGAAAAUGUCAAAUUUUUCUCUCCAAGACAAGACAAAGAUCUCAGACAAAUUUAAGCUAAGCAGUUUCUUUUUAUGCCUUGUAGGAUGAUGCUGAUCUUGCGACCCGCGCCAUUCCCGAACUGACCAAGCUGUUGAAUGAUGAAGACCAGGUAAGUAACUCAGUGAUGUGACGACAUUUUGUUCAAGGCACUGUAAAGUCAGCAUUGGGAAUCUAUACAGCUGUAGUUUUUGAAUCAGUAGUACCAGGUUGCAAAGAAAAUCAUUUCUACAGCUUGCCACUUGGGCAAGCUGAAGCUAACAUUUACUAGCCCAGACGUCAUUUCAACUAGCCCAAAAGCUUUUGGAAGAGCAGAAUUGAUCUUACAGUUCUUCUGUUUUUCGAAUUCCUCAAAAAAGAUCACUUGCCCAUCGGGCAAGUUAACAACAAGAUUCACUAGCCCAAUAGCAAAAUCCAUUAGCCCCGGGCUGUCGGACACCACUUUCUUUGCACACUGAGUACCCUCCUUGAAACAAAUUGUUAACAAUUUUCCAUGGUCUACAGUCGACUCUCUCUUAACGGACGCCUCUAUAAGACGGACACCUCCCUAAAAUGGACACCUAGAGUUGGUCCCUGCCUUUCUUUACUCCCUUUAUUUGACUCUCUAUAAGAUGGACAUCUUUCUAAGACGGACACUUACUGCCGGUCCCAAAGGUGUCCGUCUUAGAGGGAGUUGACUGUAUACUCUUUUAGUAAAAUCCAAAUAGUGGUCUAUUAUCAAUGCUGCAUUCUGAUUGGUUGAACUACUACUAGGCUAUAUGUUAUAGCCCACUAGUAGCGAAAAGCGCCGGCUUUUUGGCGGCAAAGGAUUAAAGUCUAGCUGUAAGUAGCUAAAACUUUUUUAUUCUUGAUGUUUUUGAUCAACUAGUUGGAUUUUACUAAUUGGCCUCAUAGCCCAUUCAGCCUUCGGCAUCAUGGGCUAUUGACUCAGAGCCCAUUCGGGCUCAAGGAAUAAUUGUUGAAUAGCUAAGACCAUAGUAACAGUGUUGGGAAUUGAAAUUUCAUAAUGGAUCAUCAGAAAUAUUUGGUUUGACCUGAAUCCCUUGAUAAGAAUUUUGUUUAAUUUUCACUUGUGUGCAAGCAAAAAGAAUAUAAUCUUUUCAGCUUUUUGAUGGCGGCCACUUUUAUCAAUCAUGAUAAUAAUUUUUAUAAACAAAACAAACCCUUUCAAACCAAAAUAGAGAAUAAAGGACAGUCAUUUUGCCAUGAAGCAUGACAAAAACAAACAAAAUGUAUCAAAAAAGGGUCACCCUUAAAUAUUGUAUGUGCAUUAUGAGUUCAUAAAAAUUAAAAGACAAUACACAAGUCUUAAUAUUAAAUUUUUUUUUGUCAAGAAGAUUUUAUUUGUUUUUUCACAAAUAUCUGUGUUUUAGGUUGUUGUUGGACAAGCAGCCAUGAUGGUUCAUCAGCUGUCCAAGAAAGAUGCCAGUCGUCAUGCCAUCAUGAACUCACCGCAGAUGGUCGCUACCCUUGUAAAAGCUCUUAACAACUCCUCUGAUCCCGAGACCACUCGAUGCGCAGCUGGUACAUUACACAACCUUUCUCAUCACAGGUAUAUCAACUCUUCAUAUGUUGUGACGAGUUUCAUAUGUUGUGACGCUGACGAGUUUUGUGACGGUGACAAUUGUUGUGACUUUAAAAGGUGUCCUAAAAGCUUUUUUUGUGAAAAUCAGUGAAGUUAAAGUCUUGUGUCAUGAAGUAUCACACAUUUAAACAGUAUUAUCACAGUAAAUUCAGUUAUUAAUUUAAAAACUUUGUCCUUUAUUUGCAGGCAAGGUUUGUUAUCUAUCUUCAAGUCUGGUGGCAUCCCUGCUCUUGUGAGAAUGCUUGAGUCGCCUGUUGAAGCAGUGGUUUUUUAUGCUAUCACCACUUUACAUAAUCUGCUACUUCAUCAAGAAGGAGCCAAGAUGGCUGUCAGACUGGCAGGAGGUCUUCAGAAGAUGGUGGCAUUGCUUGGACGCACAAAUGUCAAGUUUCUGGCUAUUGUAACAGGUACAAGACCUUGAGGUUGUGUUAUGAUAUAAGUGUUGUUGUUGUUUUUUUUAAAUUCCUUUUGUCAGCCUCACUGCAUUUUUGGUUCAAAAUUAGACUAGAAAGAUUACUUCUUGCAUAGGUUAGAGCUCCGGGGCUCUCUUGAAUUUUUUGUUAAGCACAGGCUUGCUUUCUACUUUAGUGGUACAACCUAGUGUCCUUUCAUAGUGUCAACUUUAAAAAAGUGAACUCUUUGUAGUAGACAAAUAUCCUGUCUUUUGUUGAAUGCAGACUGUCUCCACGUGCUGGCUUAUGGUAACAAGGAAAGUAAACUGAUUAUCCUGGCAUCUGGUGGGCCAGCUGAGCUUGUGCGCAUCAUGAGAAGUUAUACCUAUGAGAAACUCCUCUUCACGACCAGUCGUGUGCUUAAAGUUCUGUCUGUGGAUACUGACAACAAGCAAGCUAUUGUAGAGGUAAGAAAUAGUUUUUUUCUGCUUUGUUUUUUGUUUUAUUUACUUGCUGCAAUAAUAUUUUCAAGUUUGUUUAUUCAAUCUGGAAAGAAGGCUUUUGUACAGUACAGGGAAUAUGUUUAUCUCUUGUUUUUACCCUCAUGUUGCUUGCUAUUUAUUCCGGGUGACAGAAGAAGAAAUUAACAAUGCACAUCCUGAACACAAAAACCGAGGGGUUGAAUUUAUGUGAUCUGUGGAUGCAACCAACUUCAUAAUGAGUUGUGACAUCUUUGGAAAGGAACACAAGUAAUAGGGCUGUCAUUAAAGUUUUAAGUUGCCGGGCUAAUGAUACAAACUCAGGCGGGGAAUCCAACAGUUGGGGUUUUUUUUGGUUCUGUUUUUCUUCUCUUUUCCUUCAAAAGUAACGAUGGUCACAUUCAUAAUAGGUGGAAAAAAUCAGCGGCCCCUAGCCCUUAAUAGGGAGCUUUAGCAACGGCAACGGCGACGGCAGCAAGAACUUCAAAAAAGCAAUAGACUUGUUAAGCAAAACAUCACAUUUGCAAAUGCAUCACACUUUUUUGUACAUUUCUUUGCCUUCUCCACACGACUACGAUGUGAAAAUGCAUAAUUUCACGUUUUAUGGAAGUUGUAAACAAGCAGCAACGAAUUUUUCUUUCUCCUUCUAAACUUCGGUGCGGUCCCCAAGCAAUCAACUCCAGGGAAAUUUGCCCACUUUUGACAUUUCAAGCGAACUGGAAUAAACGCGGACGAGUUUGAAAAAACGCAAAUUCAUUUUUAAAGUGACCUUUUCCCUGCCGUAGCCGUCGUUGGUGCUAAAGCUCUCUAAUGACAGCCCUGAAGGAAAGUUGUUCCUGUGAUUGGUUACUUAAUGAUGUGGUACAUACUUAGUGAUGUUGAAGUUAAUGUUGCCUAUAUUUUACUCAGGCUGGAGGUAUGCAAGCCCUUGCUAUGCAUCUUGGGCACCAGAGUAACAGGCUCGUCCAGAACUGCUUGUGGACACUUCGCAACCUUUCAGAUGCCGCUACCAAAGAAGAUGGACUUGACAACUUACUUCAGAUGUUGGUACAGCUGCUGUCGUCCAAUGAUAUUCAAGUCGUGACAUGCGCAGCUGGAGUCUUGUCCAACCUGACAUGCAAUAACCCCAAUAACAAACAGCUUGUGUACAGGUUUGGUGGAAUUGAAGCCCUGGUGAGGACGUGCAUGCAGGCUGGAGACAGAGAGGAGAUCACUGAGCCAGCGGUAAGUUAGUUGGCUAUGUCUGCUGUCUUCAUCAUUGGUGGUUAAUUAAGAAUUGUAUUGUUACAAAAGCAGGGAAGGGAAAGGGGAAAAAUGUCAGAAAGGCCCUUCAGGGCAAAGUAUCUCAACUAAUUUUGUCGCUGAUUGUAGUUACAUUUUAGUAGAGGUGGUCUAACACUGUAUGCUCCUUUCAGGUCUGUGCGCUGCGCCAUCUAACCAGCCGUCAUGAGGAUUCUGAAAAAGCCCAGAAUGCAGUUAGGGUUCAUUUUGGCUUGCCAGUCCUUGUAAAACUGCUUUACCCACCAUCCCGUUGGCCGCUCAUCAAGGCUGUUAUUGGUCUCAUGCGAAAUCUUGCCCUUUGCCCUCUCAAUCAUACUCCGAUCCGUGAGCAUGGAGGCUUGCCACAGCUUGUUCAACUUAUGAUGCGUUCUCAUCAAGAUAUGCAGAGGAGGCCUGGGCAGAGUGUGGUGAUUGAUGGCGUCAGAAUGGAAGACAUUGUUGAUGGGUGUGUUGGCGCACUCCAUAUCUUAGCACGAGAGGCACACAACAGAGCUGUUAUACGAAGUCUCCAUUGCAUUCCACUGUUUGUUCAGGUAGUUAAUACAUUUUUUGGCAGGGAUGUACCACUUGUAAAUUUGUAGACAGUUAAGAAUAAGGAUUUUUCAGGGAAUUUGGAGAAUUUCAGGAUUACAAUAUUAUUCUUCUGUAAUUUGAAUUCCCAAAAAACCUCACUUGCCCAUUAGGAAAGUUAAGAACUGAAUUCACCAGCCCAAUAGCAAAAUCCUCAAGCCUCUUAUAAUCGGAGACUACUUCCUUUCCACGCCACAUUUUGUGUCUAUCUAUACUUUGAAAAUUUAUCUGGUGGAAAUGCUAAAAUUAGCCUGUUAGUUCUGUUGGCGUGGGAACAUUUUAAAAACAAUGUAAUAAGACAAUGAUCCUUUCUUUUUUCAGCUUCUAUACUGUCCCAUUGAGAACAUCCAGCGUGUUGCUGCAGGAGUGCUCUGUGAACUAGCCCAGGACAAAGAAGGCGCUGAAGCCAUAGAAGCUGAAAAUGCAACUGCUCCUCUAACCGAUCUGCUUCAUUCAAGAAAUGAGGGUAUCGCUGCUUAUGCUGCUGCUGUGCUUUUCCGUAUGUCUGAAGAUAAGUCACAAGAUUACAAAAAACGGCUGUCAGUGGAGCUGACGAGUUCUCUCUUCCGAGAUGAUGCCCCUUGGCCUGAGGUAAGGAGUGUAUUGUCAGUGGUGAAUGUUGAAGUAUUAACCUUUUAAGCCCUAAGAGUGAUCAGCAUCUAAUUUCUCCUUGUAAUAUCAAUGCUUUGUAAAACAGAGUGAUCAUGAGAAUUAGGGACAUGAUGAAUUAGCUUGAUAUUUUAUCUACUUCUCCCCACUACCUCUGUAGGAAGUGAAUAGGGGCAACAAAUAAGAAUUCAAAUUUUGAUCUUAGGGUUCAAUGUGUUAAUAAUUGUUUAAGCCCCAACGGUGACCAACAUCAACUUUCUUCUAACACUGUCCAUAACAAAACACUAAAAAAACUGUGCUCUCUCUAUCAGAGAGCUAUUUUUCUUAGAGCACAGCCAAGUACAGCCUUCUAGUCCCCUAGUCUUUGCACACUAACUUAAGAGGUUUUUUGUUUUCUUUCUUCAGCCAAUGGAUGGAGACUUCCAUGACCCAAAUUACAAUAUGCCACCUAUAGGCUAUGGUUAUCCUCACGAUGGCUUUGACUACAAUCAGCCAAUGGAUUAUUCUCACGACCCAGGUUACGACUUCCACCAAGGGGAUCCUGCUUUGCAACCUCUUGCACACCCCCCUCCUCGAGGGGGAACCUGGUAUGACACAGAUUUGUAAAGUUGAAGAUGUAAACCUUUGUGAAGGGCUUUUUUGAACUUUUGAUUUUCUUACCGUGAGGAAGACCAGAGCAUUGAGCUGUAGUGCUACAUAAAGCAAGAAUUACUAGAGAAAGAAUUGCUUGUAGUACAGUAUUGUCAUUUCAGGAUUUCUGAUCAAGACCUUUAUCUUGUUAUUUGCAAGCUGUGUUGUAUUCAUUGUCAAUGUCGGUAGCAUUCCAAGUUUAAAAUGUUAAGUUCUAUAAAACAGGCUUUCUAAUUCUCUUUCCAAAUGGUCUUGGGAUUGAGAGACCUUUGUAAAAACUUCCAUCCUUUUACUUUCAUCUUUCACAGUUCUAUGUACAUUUGAAUAGUUCUUAGUAGUUUGAAGAGUCCAGAGACUUCGAUGAAAAAUGUCUAAAACUAAACUAUUCCCUCGUUGGAAGGGAUGUAAAAUUUUAAGUGGCUGGUGUGUACAGCCUAAACCUCGUGUUGGCAGUUUUUCUUAUUCCAUUUUGUCUGCAAGUCAUGUAUUUUUAAAUCUUUCAAGUUUGAUUCUAAAAGGAACAAAGCAUUUCUCCCUGAGUUUGUUUUAUUUAUGUUUAUUUGCAACACAGCAAGUGUUGUUUUCAUCAAAUGGCAGUAUUCUGAGACUGUAUGGUGAACGAAAUAACUGUUGCAUAGGAGCCAAGGUUACAGACUUUGGAACAUUCUGAUUUAAACCUUUGGCUUUGUUAAACAGAAAACCCUUCCUGAGUUAUUUAGUUCCCAGGCUCCACUCCUCUUUUAAAUUCCUAGUUCCCAGAGCCUUUUCAACAAAAUGCAUAUUGAGGUAGAGGAUGGGAGAGGGGAGCCUGGGUUUUUUGUACAAAAAAAUCAAGUCAUCUGUAUAUUUUGUCAAAUAUUUUGUUUUUCAAUCAGAACCUUUGGACCAAUUUACA